CAUGUGUCUAUGGUUAUUAAGAGUUCAAGAUUCGGUUUAGUUGGUUUAGAUUUCUUGUUCAUAUUCCGGUUUUCUGUACCGAUGUAACGAAUUUUUAUGCUCGGCUUGUUUUAAUUUUCACACAUGAAAAAGUCAGAAUAACAGUAGUUUUCUCAAAAGAACCAUUAAGCUCGGCUUGUUUUAAUUUUCUUUUGUUGGUGAACUUGGUUCACAUUCUUAACAUUACAAUUAAGUAGGGUUAAUUUUUUUUUUUUUGGUGUAGGGGGGGGGGGAUAAAAAUUAAUUACAAUAAGCAGGCUAAUUCGCUAAGAUAUAUGAUGAAUAAUGUGUUAAUAUAACCAGUCUUUAUCUUUCUUUACUUUUAUUUUUUAACCAGUCUCAAUCUUAUAUGUAAUGUAGCAAUUGACAAGUUUAAUCAAAUAUAUUUCAGCUACUAGUUUAACUUUCAUCUAAAGAUUUAUUGCAUGAGAACACUGAAAUAAAAAUGGUCGUGAACAAACCAAUGUAGGAUUUAUCUAUGAGUAAAACAAAACGAUGACGACAUUAGUAACCUCACUUAACUACAUUGGUGAAAGCUGAACAGUAUGCUAGAAAUACCAAACAAUAAAGGUUCUAACAAUUAAUUAACUAACCGCAAGUGGCUCAAAGCUAGAAAAUAAGAAAAGAAUCCAUAUGCUGUAACAAUUUAUAAAUAUAAACUAUGCAAUUAGGUUGAAACUUUAAGAUAUCUAUAAUUCAUCUUAGUAUAGGAAAUGCCUAACUCCUUAAAUAUCCCCAAGGGAAACUAAUUUUUAAUAUUGAAUUGAACUAACUAGUUUAUUUCACUUGUCCACAGUUCUUAAAAUUUCUUGAAAAUACAGAUACCGUCUUUGCAAAUUACAAUUUUUUUUCUUAGCUUGUUUUCAAACUAUAUUUAGCAUGAAAUUUGAUAUAAAUAUCCAUUUAGAUUAUAUAGAGAAUGAGUUGACGAGAUGUGUUGAUAAAAUUAAAUUUUUGAUCUACCCUAUUUUCUCUACUAAAGCAGAGUAAUAAAUAUCCUGGUUAAUAAGUUCAUGAUGGAUGUUUACAUGUUUUCAUUGUAACAUAUCUUUCGACAUAUCAGAUUCUCUACAGUUCUUGAAAACUUAUAGAUAAAACUCAAAUGGCCAAGAAACCGUAUCACCUCCGUCAUCAGCCGCGUAAAUCUUCAUCGACGACUACGCAGGCUUUCACAGUUAUCAUUCUUCUACUCUUCUUCAUCAUGAUUCUUCUUGGUCUCGGUAUCCUUUCACUACCUAACACCAGCAGGAACUCUUCAAGGCCGGUUGAUUUGACCACAAUUAUACGGGAUAGCGAGGAGAGGGAGAGCUAUGGAAAUGAAGAUGGUAAUGGUGACCGUUGGGUCGAAGUUAUCUCGUGGGAGCCUAGAGCUUUCCUUUAUCAUAAUUUCAUGACAAAUGAAGAAUGUGAGCACUUGAUUAGCCUCGCGAAACCUAGCAUGAAAAAGUCAAAGGUGGUUGAUGUGAAAACUGGAGGAAGCAAAGACAGCAGAGUAAGAACAAGCUCAGGAACUUUUCUUAAAAGAGGACAAGACGAAAUAGUGGAAGAGAUUGAGAACAGAAUCUCAGAUUUCACCUUCAUUCCUGUAGAAAAUGGAGAAGGGCUACAAGUUCUACAUUACGAAGUUGGGCAGAAAUAUGAGCCUCAUCAUGAUUAUUUCUCAGACGAGUACAAUGUCAAAAGAGGAGGGAACCGAAUAGCUACUGUACUCAUGUAUCUCUCGGAUGUUGAAGAAGGCGGUGAGACGGUUUUCCCUGCAGCCAAAGGAAACAUAAGUGAUGUCCCGUGGUGGAACGAGCUCUCACAAUGUGGUAGAGAAGGACUCUCUGUUUUACCAAAGAAAAGAGAUGCUUUACUCUUCUGGAGCGCGAGGCCUGAUGCGUCGCUAGACCCUUCAAGCUUGCAUGGUGGUUGUCCCGUGAUCAAAGGAAACAAGUGGUCAUCAACUAAAUGGUUUCACUUUAACGAGUACACGGCUUGAAUAAAAUGAAGAUGGCUUUUUAAGAGGUUAAAGCUCUCUUUUUUUUUCUUUUUUCUUGAAACACAAGGUCAAAGCGCUCUUAAUCUCACUUUAGUAUUGAUUACUUUGUAUUGUCUCUGAUUGUUUUAAUGUAUCUGUCGUCUUUUGCAGGUUUACAUGACCAAAUCUAACUAACAACAUGAACUAGUAUGUGUAUCAUUUUCAAUUUCAUACUGAUACGUCUCUUAAAAGCUCUCAAACUCUGCAGCAGCUAAACUUAUGUA